GACCUGAAUGGGGAACAAACGCGGAUCAUAGGGGGAGGAACCGGUUUGCAUUUGAAACCCGGGAAUGUGAAUAAAUGUGCUUUGAAGAAAGAGAGAAAGAAAAGCGGAGGGAGGAGGGUUUCUCGCAGGAAAGGCACGCGAGGUGUGUUGCGUUCAUACCACGCAGACGAAGAGGGAAGUAGAAACAGCCGAGUUCCUUCCCAAGCAGAAACGAGCGCGCCUUCGCUGCCUCGGUAAAUUGCACCCAAAUCCGAAUCGGUUUCCAGCCAUCGCGACAGAAUAAAGGUAGGUUAAGUUAUACCCUCAAAGUUGGCCCAGGUUAGAUUCCAGUGUAGAGGAGGAACAGAACAACUUUAUCAAGCCUUUUCUCCGCCUUGCAAGCUGCAAAGAAAGAUAGAUGUGGAUAAUUCUCAGUUGAGACUUGCUCCUGAUAUGUCAGGCUGGUUCAAAGCGUUACUGCAGAAGCCUAGGAAAAGUACAAAUUCCCCCAGUAGACCGUCGUACAGUGAUUCUAAAUAUUCGUCGCCCUCCCCUCCUGCGGUGAGCAGCUCUUGCUCUUCGACAAGCAGCUUGACGGACCGGCCCUCUGCCUCCCAGGUAAGCGUGAGCAAUUCCGAUGAGAGAGAGCGCUGGAGCAAGCCGUACGACGUCUGCAUCUGCCACAACGAGGGCGACCUUGGGUUCGUGGAGGAGCUGGUCUCCUACCUGGAGAGCCAGCCCGAACGCUUCCGCUGCUUCCUUCAGCCACGGGAUGCUCUUGUAGGGGGUGCCAUUGUGACGGAGCUGUGUGACGCCGUCCAGAACAGCCACUGCUGGGUGCUGCUAAUCACCCCCAACUUCCUCACGGAUCCCUGGUGCCGUUACCAAAUGCACCACGCCUUGACUGAGGCGCCCAUGGCGAAUGGGCGCACCAUCCCUGUGCUGAAGGACAUGGACCGCAGAGACUACCCGAGGGAGCUCCGUUGCAUCUAUUAUAUCAGUGUUGUGCUCCAAGAGACAAGCUUCAAACAGAUCAAGGAGACAGUGUUGCGCUAUCUACAGAACCUCUGUGAAAAGCCAAGCAGAAGAGACUAACUGGAGUCUGGCUGGAGAAAUAUAUAUAUACACGCUCAAAGUAAAGACUUGAUCAAAGGAAUGUCUCGGCGAGGGUUGAUUUGCUGAAGAAGUCUUCAUGGUGUUUUCUCUUCACCCGAGCUGACCCGUCUCUCCAUUCCACACUGUGUUGUGUUAAAGUUCCAAUAACUCUAAAAGAAA